CGGGCCGGAGCUGGACGCGCAGACGGAGCGGACCCAGCGGCGCGCGGGGCGGGGCGCGCCCCUCCCUCCCCCGCGCGGCGUCUGACGUCGGCCGCGUCGGCGCCCACGGGCAGCGCGCGGAGCCGGCGGCCGCAGGCGGGGUGUGAAGAGGAAGAAUGACCCUCCAGUGGACGGCAGUGGCAACCUUCCUUUAUGCUGAAAUAGGAAUCAUUUUGCUCUUCUGUCUACCUUUCAUUCCUCCCCAGAGAUGGCAGAAGAUUUUUUCAUUUAAUGUCUGGGGUAAAAUUGCAAGUUUUUGGAACAAGGCUUUUCUUUCUAUUAUAGUCCUACUGAUUGUUCUGUUUCUGGAUGCUGUGAGAGAAGUAAGGAAAUAUUCCUCUACUGCUGUCAUUGAAAAGAGCUCACCUAGCAGACCUGGUGCCCAUGAACAUACACAGAUGAAACUUUUUAGGUCUCAAAGAAAUCUGUACAUUUCUGGAUUUUCAUUAUUUUUUUGGCUAGUAUUGAGACGUCUGGUUACCCUUAUUACUCAGCUGGCAAAUGAAAUGUCAAACAAAGGAGAACUUAAAAAUCAAGCAGAAAGUACUAACGAGGCUGCCAGAAAAUUCAUGAAAGAGAAUGAAAAACUAAAACAGCUCUUGAAAAGCUAUAACAAGGAAGAGGAACACAUUUUGGAAGCAGAAAAUAAAAAACUGGUAGAAGACAAGGAAAAACUGAAAACUGAACUAAAGAAGACUUCAGAUGCCCUUUCAAAGGCACAAAAUGACAUAAUGGCAAUGAAGAUUCAAGCAGAGAGUCUUUCAAAAGAAUAUGACCGACUCCUAAAAGAGCACUCAGAACUUCAGAGAGGAAGUGAGAGGGAUGGAGAUCCAGAAACAUCGAUGAGAGAGAAACAUGGAUCAGCUGCCUCCUGCACAUCUCCUAUUGGGGUUGUGCCCGCAACCAAGGAUCUUUUACCAAAAGACAACAAGAAAAGCCUGUGAACUGUCAGAAAGAAGAGCGUGGCACACCAUGUCAGGGUGAUAAAUUUGCUAUCAUGUUAGUCUCUCAGAAAUUUAAAAUUCAGUUCAGAAAAAUAUACUAUGACUGGCCAACAUUUUUAAAAAUGCCAUAUAUAAGCUGUUAUUAUAAUGGCAUUAUCACAAUAUUUGAUGAUGUUUCACUUAAUAUUGUAAAGUCUAUAUUCUGGCUCUUAAGUAAAAUAUAAGCAUGUUAAAACCAUUUAGAUACUCAUAGUAACAGUGGUGUAUGGUGGCUGUUUACCAAUAGAAAGAAAAAUUCAUUAGCCAGUUACUCCCAAAAUUAGAUUUUUAAGUUGCAUGAAACCGUUAAUAGCCUUUAAAAACUUUGAUGAGUUUCUACUAAUAAUAAUCUAUUUAAUCAGAUGAUGACAAUGAUUAUGUAUUUGAAUAUAGUAUCCAUUAUCAGCAAAUUUGUUCAUGGGAAGAUUAAAUAAGGAUAAAUGAUCAGAAUUUGCCACUAUAUUAAUAGGGAAGAGUCAGAGCAAACAAUAAAAAUAGUGACCUUAAAGCCUGAUGACACAUACUAUGGUUUACUCUCAUCAGACAACUGUUUUAAUAAUUAUAUUUUUGUUACUGUGCUUCUACAUCUAUUGGACUGUUUUUGUUGACAUUUGUGUCAAUGACACGUAAUUAGUAAGUGGUCAGUCUUUUUAAAGUCCAUCUAGCAGUGGAGCUUACAUCUAUUUGUACAACUGUCACAGACUGAACUAAAAUUAUUUUGCAACAAUUUGGAAUUCUUGACUCAGAGAGCAAGUAUUUCCCAUUGCUGUGAGAUUAUAUAGUUAUAAUACAAAUAUUACCUCCAGUAUACAUACACUGGUAUCACAGUUCCUCUGAGAUGUUUAUGUAUUCUGAAAACUAAAUAUUAAAUACUAUUUUUCCAUUCAAAAAUUCAUUUAGUGUUUUCUUUAGAAAAUGAUAAUGAUUAUAGCAUUAAUAUGAUUUAGGUUGUUCCCAGUGUUUAGACAUGGAAAUUAUCUUCCUUGUCUCAUAAAAACCUAAAUAUAAAAGAAAAUGGAAAAUAAUUACUAGAGUUUUUAUUUUCUUCAUAUUUGUUUCAUCCUUUGUUGUUUAUUAUCCUUUUAGCAUCAACCUCACACAUAUUUAAUUUUUUUCAUUGCAAAAUGGAUGAAAUAAGCAAGUAUGUAAGACUUUUUUUUUCAGAUAAAAGUCAGGAGUUACUGCUAGAAAACAGACACGUAGGAGACAUUUAACAGGAGUAAGAAAUGGGAGUUAGACCAUCUGGACUGACAGCACCAUAAAUAACAUGAGGGAGGGAGCGCUGAAACAAGACAGAACUCCAAGUAUCAACUGAAAAAUAUCCAAGUUAGAGCUACAGGGGUAAUACCGAGUGAGUGAGUGAUUUUGGCCUGCUAUACAGAAAUCAAGUCUAAUACAGAAUAACAGAGAAAAUUAGGAAGUACACACCUGUAGAAUUGGCAGAAUUUAAAUCUAAUCCCAGCCUCACAAUAAUUUAGCCAUGUGAUUUGAACAAAUUUUUUAACCCUCUAGACUUCAAUUUCCUCAUCUUCAAAAUGAGAGCAAUAACGUUUAGAUCAGGAUUACUCUGUAUACUAAGGUAAUGCUGUGAUUCUCAAAGUUGUUCAGACUGUAUGGCAAAGAUAAAGUCUGGGUGCUCUUUAAAGAGCACGAGGAUUUAAAGAUUUCCCAAGAUCACUUUAAAGUGCACAUUUAAGUACUCCUCAAUCUCAGCCUUCAGUUUUACAGAUGGGCAA